AUCUUGCUUUAAAUCAUAUAUUAUAUGAAAAAAGUGAUAAUAUAAAACAUUAGUUUCAAUGCUUUUACAAUAAAAAAUCAAAAUGAUAAAUAUGGUAAUAGUAAAGAUUAGGAUUUAGGAGUGAAAUUUAAAUAAAAAAAAGAAUUGACUAAAUUAUUGUUAGAGAAAUAUAUGGUAAUAUAUUGUUAGUAUAAAUUUAAGGAAGACCAAAAAAUAGUGAGUUAAAUGAAAAGGUCCAAACAACUUUUAUAGGUAGAUUUUUUUAGACUCCUUCCCUUUUAAUAGUAUUGAUAAAUUAAUAAUUUGAACUUAUAAUUCUAUUAAACACACAAUAAUUUUUUCAUAACAAACUAAACGUUUUUAUUAUAUAAAAUCUAAAAUUCAAAAUAAUUAAAAUAACGUUGUUAAUUAAACUAAAUUUUGUUAAAAUAAUUUCGUGCUUAGAAAGCAUAGCUAAAUUCGAAUUGAAUUCUAACUGAAUUUUAGGUAUAUUUUGUACAUUUUAAUUGAAAGUUAACUUGUUUAUAUUGGUUACUUAUGCACUUUGCCAUAAACUAGUUUAACAUAAUUGUAGUUAAAGCAUUAAUGUAGUUACAACUUAUGACAAAUUUACUUAAUACUUCAAUUAACAAAUAAUUAAAAUGUCAAGAUUGUUUAAAGACCAUUGAAUAAUUUUAUAGAAAAUCUACAUUUUUUUUAACUCUUGAUAAUUAUGCUAUUUCAAAAUAUAAAAGACGAUUCUACAACCGAUAACUCUACGUGUCUUCUGAGGAAUCACGUUUGUAUCACCUGAGCCUCUCUAUCUGAUCAACCCUUGACGGUAUUCCUUGCGCCAUACUGCAUAAUUUUUGUAAGUUUUUUUCUCCAUUAAUUCGCAUAAUUAUACUUUAUUUGGGAUACAAAACUCAAAUCUCAUAAUGUAAAAGCUGUGGAACCGAAAUUCGCACUGUCGAUUUCCGAUAAAAAUAGGAAAGCUAAGUAAACUUGACUUUUCCAGAGGUCCCAGAUAUCUGCUAAACCACACGCCAAGCGAUCAAACAAUGAGAACAAACAAAAUAACAAAUCAGUAGAAAACGAAAAGAGAGCAAAUAAGAUCUUAUUCCGAAUUGAGCGAAAGAGCGUUACAACAUGUAAAGCCUCGGCGGUUAGAGCCGUCGGCGAGUUCGUAGUUCUAACCUUGUGAGACUUGAUUAACUUAGUUGAGUCGCAGCUCGUAAAUAGAAAAACAGAAAUAUGCCUAAGUUGCCUUAAAUGCUAUGCUUUGCUCUGAGUAAAAAAUUGCCUCCCUUCAACAUCUUCAACCUCGACAUCCUUAUAUACUCCUCCUAGAGACGGUUUUCUCUUUCCCCUUUUUGCCCUCGGUCGAGCUUAUCGCUUCGCGGGAAUAUUUCAUUUUUCUUCGAUCUUCAUGGUUAUCUUUGGAAAUUUCACAUUUAUCUUUCGAACUUAACAUUUAUCUUCUCCUGCAAAAUAAAAGAUAGACCAUCAUAAUGAUUGGGCUUGAUUUCGUAUAAAACCGCGAGUGGGCUUUUAGCCUCGUUUUGGACCUUCUCGGAGCAUUUUUCGACAAGCUUUUUUACGAUUUAUCGAAAUAGCACUUCCGAAACGACGUCGAUUCCGAAGAAAAUUUGAGUUUCUCGUAUAGUCGAGGCAGCUUAGGGUGUUUAGAUAACCGUUUCCGUUUUAUACAAUCAAUUCGGGCUUCAUACGAGAAAACAAGUUCUUACGAUUCGUAAAGUUCCAACGGUAACUCCGAUCGAGAUGAAACAAGAGCGGGUUUGAUCCGAUCUCGAAGAAGGAAGCUACGAGGGUGGGAUGAAGACGGAUCGGUUGAUCCAACUCGCCGAGCGGGCGAGUUAGACUGCUCGUUCGGUCCAACUCGCCGAGCAGGCGAAUUAGACUGCUCGUUCGGUCCAACUUGCCGAGCAGGCGAGUUGGACUGCUCGUUCGGUAUAACUCGCCGAGCGGGCGAGUUGGACUGCUUGUUCGGUCUAACUCGCUCGCUUGGCGAGUUGAACUGAUCCAACUCGUCCGUUCGGCGAGUUGAUUUCGUUGUGCGUCCAGCUCACCCCGAUGGCGAGCCGGAUUGAUCGAGCCUUAUGCUCGUUUCGUAGUUUUGACGCGCAGGAUCCAUUUGUCCGAGGAUUCGGCGAGUUGGACUGCUUGUUCGGUCUAACUCGCCCGCUUGGCGAGUUGAACUGAUCCAACUCGUCCGUUUGGCAAGUUGAUUUUGUUGUGCGUCCAGCUCGCCUCGAUGGCGAGCCGGGUUGAUCGAGCCUUAUGCUCGUUUCGUAAUUUUGACGCGCAUGAUCCAUUUGUUCGAGGAUUCGAGUAACCUUUCUCGAAUGCCUUAUCGUAUGAAUCCUUUUCCGAAUUCAUACAAAACUCAAUUUCGGUUUUCCCGCUAUUUUUAAACUAUUGUCUCUUUCUUUUUAAAGAGAGACAUUUUCGAGAAGUUUCAGUUAUUGAUUUCAUCGUAACCGAUUUUGACUCUAAGAAAAGCAUUAAUAAACCCUUAGUCAAACCACUAGACCAAAGGGUUUCUGCAACGUUCUUUAUAAUAGUGAUAUCAAAUAAAUACACAUUUUUAUUGUUUACCAAUAAAACAGUAUAUAUUCCGUCCAGCUCGGCUUCACAUAUUAUAAACAAAGUGCAUGCUUAGACUCAAAGUACAAUUUUAUAAGUUAGGAAAUUUGGACACCGGAAUAUAUGCACGUUUGCUCCAAAUAAUUAGAGUAACUUUAAAGCAUAUUUAUACACAUAACAUUUUCUAGAAAGUUAAACAAUAUAUAAGCCAAAUAGUCCAGCAUUUUCUUUAUCAUCAAAUCCUCAAACAACUCUAAGAACAAAGAGAAGCUUUUGAGGCUUAAGCACACAAAACUUAAAAUGGCAUUCUCUAAGAGACUCGUUUUGGCGAUGAUUUUUACAGUUUUUGUGAUAGCUAAGCCCUCAGAAGCUGCUCUUAAUGCUCAUUACUAUGACCGAUCGUGCCCUGCGGCCGAGAAAGUCAUACUUGAAACGGUUAAGAAGGCUAUCUUGCAUGAUCCCAAAGUGCAUGCUCGUCUCCUCAGAAUGUUCUUCCACGACUGCUUCAUCAGGGGGUGUGAUGCGUCUAUUCUACUAGAUUCGACCAAGUCAAACCAAGCUGAGAAGGACGGCCCACCAAACAUUUCGGUACGAUCAUUUUACGUGAUUGAUAAUGCUAAGACAAAGCUUGAAAAGGUUUGUCCACGUACCGUGUCUUGCGCCGACGUGAUCGCCAUCGCAGCUAGAGAUGUAGUCACCUUGUCCGGUGGUCCUUACUGGAGCGUACUAAAAGGGCGAAAAGAUGGGAGAAUGUCGCGAGCCAACGAGACAAUCAAUCUCCCAGGACCAACAUUCAACGUGUCUCAACUGAUCCAGAGCUUUGCAGCAAGAGGCUUGUCAGUGAAAGACAUGGUUACACUCUCUGGCGGCCACACAAUAGGAUUCUCUCACUGUUCUUCUUUCGAGGCACGUCUUCAUAACUUCAGCAAGUUCCAUGACAUUGAUCCUUCAAUGAACUUUGCAUUUGCGCAAAGCCUGAAGAAGAAAUGCCCGAUAUCUAACAACCGAGGCAAGAACGCAGGGACUUUCUUGGACUCUACGACCUCGGUUUUUGAUAACGAUUACUACAAGCAGAUACUGUCAAGAAAAGGUGUGUUUGGGUCUGAUCAGGCGCUUCUAGGAGAUUACCGGACUAGGUGGAUCGUUGAGACGUAUGCUCGAGACCAGAAGGCCUUCUUCAGAGAGUUUGCAACUUCCAUGGUGAAACUUGGGAACUUUGGUGUCAAGGAGACAGGAGAAGUGAGAGUCAACCCUCGAUUCGUCAAUUAAAAGAAGUAUACAGAAAAUAUAUGCAACAGAGAGUUUUCAUUUCUGAAAGUUUGAUUUCAUAUAAUAAUGUAUUAUUAAUAGCAUUAUAGUUCCCUAUGAGUUGCAGCGUUUGCUCGACAUGUAAACUUGUUCUGCUUCAGUGAACUUAAAGUUAUAUGCACCA